CGCAGCCAGAGGAGGAGGAGGACGCCCACCGUGCAGCGCAGCUCGCAUCUGCGGCCGCGCGAUCCACCUCCCGCGCCGAUUGCCCCCGCGGGCGUCCCUCUGUCCGCAGAGCCGGAGGGAGGCGCCGGGCUCUGGGCGCUGUGUGGGAGGCCACACCAGACCGAUGGCGGCGGCGGCGGCGGCCCUGUCGGGCCUGGCGGUGCGGCUGUCGCGCUCGGCCGCCACCCGCGGCUCGUACGGCGCCUUCUGCAAGGGGCUCACGCGCACGCUGAUCACCUUCUUCGACCUGGCUUGGCGGCUGCGCAUGAACUUCCCCUACUUCUACGUCGUGGCUUCGGUGAUUCUCAACGUCCGCCUGCAGGUACAUAUUUAGAGAGACUAACUUUGUGGCAUUGGGGGGGCCCAGCAGGAUGGCUGACCUCCACCCACCAGCUCACCCGCCUUAGAGCAAAGUGACCAGCUCGCCUCGCGCACAGACUUGCCGGCCUGUCCUGACAUUAAAUGGGCGGCUAGAAAUCAUUAUUUGCGGAAAGCCUGCAAUAUAACCAAAAAAGCCUAAGAUAUAACGAAAAGUUGAAUUUCAAGGAAAUAGCUAAUCCAAAGAACAGAACUUAAAAAUCUGAAAAUCCUCAGAAAUAUUUGCGACGUUCUUGCAUCCAUCAAACAAAAGACAGCACGAACGUAUGGGAAAUGACAAUAAGCACAGGAUGCCUUAAGGGCGAAAAAAGGGAAAGUUACUAACAACUUAAAAAAAGAUAAACUGUUCAAGAAUGGUCCAGACUGGAGGCAAAUCUUCCAAAUUAGAAAAAGAAGUGAAUAGACUUCCAACUGAAUGGCAUCAAUUCUAGGCAAUAGACGAUGGAGUUAGAAGCGGGAGGAAAUUUAUCACGUGAUCUGUAAGACAUACAUUUCUUCAUCCCCAAAGAAAAACACAACGGCAAACAAAACCUACAGGGAAAAACAAACAUUUCAAACUGUACAAGGAGAGCAUGCUUCACACAUGAAGCAACCUCAGAUGUGGCCUGUUUUUCAGCCGUUGCCUGGAGCGUGAGAAAGGGAAUCUGAACACUGGCACGUGGAUCAAGACUCUGCAGUCACAGAAAAUCCAGUCAUAGCGUUCAACUUUGCUAUGCAGUGAACAGUGUUUAAAUAAUCAUUACAAUGGAAAUAUUAGUUAUGGUUUUUCGUUUUUAGACUAAAUCUCUAGGCAAAGCUGGGGAGAUUUCAUUAUGUUUAUAGAACAGAGUGGGAAUGUUAACCAACUUCGAAAAGUACAGGCAACAAGCUGGCAGGCAGAGAGGAGGAAAUAGAAUAGUGGUGUUAUUCUCCUAAACUAGGAAGUCCAGAUACUGUCUCUAGUUGAAAAAAUAAGACAGAUUUAGGGGUUAGAUUAAAGCCAACAAGGUAACCAACAGAAGAGUUAAAAAUAGUGAUACAACCAUAUGGAGGGGGGAGGAAAACCCCAGAGGACAGCAGGAAGUCAGCAGAAAAUGCCUCAUGUCAUCAAGUUAAGAAAUAGCAAGAAAAGCAUAUUGUUAGGAAAAAUGGAGUUAACCUCUAAACAGACAUGUAUAAAAGUUUUUGCCUCUGGGUUGGGAAAGCAAAAGUUGAGAAGGGUGGGUGGGGAUUCACAGCUUUUCAUUAUAUGUCCUUUUGUACUGGUUGAUUUUUCUAAAUCCUUUCUA